AUGGCAUCAAAUCAACAAACCAGCUUUGAAAGGUCUCUAGACCUUUUUCGUCAAGAGCUUUCUGAUGAUCAGAUCAAGCAGAUGGAUGGAGUCAAUCAAAAAACUCUGAAAGACACGAUCCAGGCAACUCAGAACAUACUGGGGCGCAGAAAUGACCUUUGCAAAUUGUCCCGUAUCCAGAGAUUUCUCCACGCGAUGGAGCAUGUUGAGAAGCUUGUCGCGAUAUUCCUCAACGCCAGUGACUUCGUUGCUUUCAUUUGGGGUCCGAUGAAGCUGGCGCUUAUGGUCGCCACAACCUGGACAGACGCUAUCAGGCAGUUGAUUGACGCUUACGAAGAGAUAGCAGAAGCACUCGGUAACCUAGCCUUCUUCCAUAACCUCAUUCAGAGUAGAGACCACCUGAAACUGGUUUUGGAGGAUUAUUUCUCCGAUAUACUUCGAUUCCAUCGAUGCGUUCUGGAUGUUUUUUUCUCGUCCGGAGUCUUUAAAUGGGCGUGGGGAAGCUUUCGGCGCGAAGUUAAGCCUAUUCUCGAAAGUCUCAAGCGCAAACAGGCUCUGUUAUCAGACGACAAGCUACAAUCCCACGCUAUCUUGAAGGAAGUCCAAGAUUCCGACCAGUACGCUCAAGAACAGUUCAGUAACUUGCAGAUCAGUCUCGAAGAUAUCAGGUCUACCUUGGCUUCUCAGCAUUUACAAAGCAAGACAAUACAAGCUCAGGAAAUGAAGACCUACUUAGAAAGUCGACUGGAUGUUUCAAAAUCUUGGAGUGAUCUUCAACUGGAAACACGGGAUCCUAUAGUUGAGAAUUCUGGCAAUUGGAUAUUCUCUAAUCCGACCUUCAAAUGUUGGGAAGUGGGAAAGUCUGUAGAGAAUAAGGUUUUGUUCCUUAAUGGCUCCCCUGGCUCUGGAAAGUCCACCUUAGCAAAGACAAUCAUUCAUCAUGAAAAGCGGAAACAAGUUUUUGAGUCUUCUGGGCGGAGCUUCCUAGCUUAUUUCUUUUUCAAGCACGAUGCAGCGGACCGGAGAACGGCUCGAUCCAUGCUUCAACAUCUCAUCAUGCAGCUCGUCAAUGCAGACGAAACUAUAAUGGGGUUGGCCUACGAGAGAUUAUCGACCAUGGAAUCCACUGAGCUUGCCGAUCUGAAGAAACUCGCAAGUGACUGCUUUACGUCUCGGCCAACGGCGACACUCGUCCUUGAUGGACUAGACGAGGCAAUAGACAACGAGCAUGAGGUUUCUAUCGCUUGGUGUCUGAAUGAGCUAUUACCGGUCGCGAAUGCAUGCAGUUGCAACCUCAGGAUACUGAUUUGUGGACAGAGAGACGGACGACUCGAUGUGCUGUUAUCGUCUCACCCUCAGAUUCGACUCGAUAUGGUAGAUGCCCACCAGCAUGACAUCGAGCAUUUCACAAAAGGGAAAGUUGCAGAAAUACACGCUAGGUUCCUAUUGACACAACAGGAAGAGGAUGCCUUAGUUUCUAAGAUAUCAAGCGCGUCUCAAGGCAUGUUUUUAUAUGCGCGAGUUGUGCUCAACCACCUCGAGAAAAUGGACUCAAUUCAAGAAUUCGAAGACGAAUUAGAAGAGGAUACAUUCCCAGAAGACUUGGAUCAAGCCUGUAAAAGCAUAUGCAGCUCUCUCGUUGACGUAACAAAUUGCGAUAUGUUUCCCAAUAUUGGAUCGGAGCAGUUCGUCAGCAUGGUUCAUGAAACAGCAACCAAAUAUCUUGUUCGCAAUGGUACGGUUAACCUGUUGCAGGAGCAUAUCGACAUGGCCCUCUUUUGUUGCCGCUACCUAUCUUCUCGGCCUUUUAUUAUAGGCAAAAGCCAAAACAUCAAUGCCGACAUCCAUUCAGGGUAUUUUGGGUUCUUGGACUAUGCUGCCACUCAUUAUGCCGUCCAUAUACAGGAGGUAGAGGCUUCAGAGGUUUCGACAGACUCAAGCUCCAAAUUGGAGGAUGUCAAAGCAGCAGCAGUUGGUUUGGCUAAAGCCAAUUGCAAACAGGCUUCAGUUGAAACAGGGGAGGUCGAUCAUGCCACACAAAGCUUGGCUUUGGCCAUUCAAGAUAACGUGCUCGUUGUGCGAACCCUUAUCGGUCUGCAACGAGAGAAGUCUGAAACCGCUGUUUUCGAUGCAACCGAGGGGCCAAUCAGGCACAAGUGUCACAAAGUUCAAUGCUCCAAGUUUGCCACGGGAUGCUCAAACGAAUUUGCACUCAAGGAGCACCUAGUAGUGCAUGAGAGACCAUUCAGGUGCCCUCACGCUGAUUGCUUUGCGCAUACAGUUGGUUAUGCUUCCCCAAAGCGACUAGACAGCCAUAAUGAGGCAUUUCACCAAAGCGUGUCCAGAGCCAAAUCUGUCUUUCCUGCUGACCUUGAGACUGGAGAAUGGAACCUUUACGAAGCUUGUAAAGCUGGUAAUCUCGACGAAGUUAAGAGAUUCCACCGUGAGGGAGCUGAUCUCGAGAGCACUCGCCCAAAGGCUAUCUCACCACUGUGUGCCGCUGUCGAGGCUGGACAUGGUCCUGUCUGCAAGUACCUCGUUGACAACGGAGUUAAUCCUUUCCUUGUGGGAUCUAGUAGGAGUACAAAGAGGACUCCGGUCGUUGCGGCGAUAUAUCGAGAGCGUCAGGAGAUCUUGGAAUUCUUCCUGCAUAGCAGCAAUGGCUUAGACGAUUCCAAGCUGGCAGAAAACAUUGCCCGGGCGAUACAUGCGGACCGGCCAGCCGCAUUGAACAUGUUUCUGACCACGAGACAGCCAAGAGGCCAUGCGGAUGUGAUCAAGCUGGUUGCAGCGGAAAUACCAUCCCAGAUCGACUUGAGAUCAGUCCGAAGAGACUCUCACUCAAUAGACGCCAAGCUAAUACAUGCCUGGAAAGGGGUUUUCACUGCACAGUCGGACUGUGCGGAGUACAAGAUCUGGGGAGACAUAAUUUUUCGACAACUCGAUUCCUUCCACAGCGCGCUUCGUGGGAGAUGCCACUCUUUUGCCACAUUUCUUAUGGACAUCGGCAAUGAUGAGUACCUCCAAAUUAAAAUUGAGGAAGGACUGUGCCGAGGGGACUGCAGUAGCUGUAUGUCCAUGGUUCGACGCCUUCUUCAAUACGACAGUGGCAAAUUCGCCAAUAUUGCGGACAGUUAUGGCAGUCUGCCGGCACAUAUAGCAAUGAGUCGUGCUGCCUCGCAAGCUGUUUUGCGAGCUGUUCUUGACAGUACCGAAGAUAUCAAUCACAAGUGCAAUUCGGGGCGAAGUCCAAUACAUGAGGCAACAUCUGGGGACAGUCUUCGCGUGCUGUUGGAGAACAAGGCGGUCGACCUCUUCAGUAGGAACAGCAAAGGACAAACCGCAUUUUCAGCAUUAUACAAUGACAAUUACGCUGUUAAUGUAGAUGUGUUGGAGUAUCUCGUUGAAGCAGACCCAAGACUUGCAUGUACACCAGACGAAACCAAAGAGGGGCUCACGCCACUUCAUCACGCCAUGAAACUUCUAGAAGGCCGCAAUUUUGUCUUCCAUCGAGAAAGAAUCCAAACAGCGGUCAAGUUCUUACUUACAUGUUCCGAAGCGAGACGAGUCCUGAUGGCAUACGAAGCCAGAUCAACUAAUGCCGAUCGAAAAAAGGUGCGAGACUUUGCAAGGAAAGAAAUGCUACAAGAAGUGCUGGAUAUCAUGGAUUCACUUAGAUUCAACCCGAUCUGA